CGCUCAGGUCGUCUACCCGCCUUUGCGCGCACCCGCGCACACACGCACUCGGAGAAAGUCGUACCAUAUACACCAUCUUCCGCGUGCGCAAAGACCCUGGGAACCACAGUCAUGUCGAACAACGCUCGGCAUUACGAAGAGGAUCCUGAUUCCGAGAACUCGGAUGAGCCGUCCGAGGAGUGCGAGGACGACCGCUGCGACGGGCCCACCCCGCCAAUCUGGCAUUGUGUAGAUUGCGACAGUUCAUACUGCAGUCAAUGUUGGGAACUCCAAGGACCUCAUAAACCGAAGAAGAAGGGACGAGACGGUGUCCCACACGAGAAAACUAACCCUCAUGUUGUGAGACGACUAAAGACCAUUCUUCAUCCGUCACGAAAGCCAGAGGAGAUUCAAAAACUUCACGAAGAUGAUGAGUCUACCAAGUGGUUCGGUGUCGCUCGCGAUCUUACCGGACGUCCUCAAUUCGAGGAUUUUGGUCGUUAUGCCACCCUCAUGUCCAGCAUUUCGCCUAUCGACGGCACUGGCAACCGCUACCCGCAAUUGGUGUCAUUCAUCGGUGUAACCAAUGCAGGAAAAUCUACUCUGAUCAAGAUGCUCGUAAACCACGAUAUCGAGGCCGCUACUGCCGCGAACCGAGCGCUGUUCCCUUCUCCGGUUGUGGGUAGCGUGGUCAACGACACUUUGCCUACAUCGGGAGAUGUUCAUCUAUAUGCAGAUCCAGCCACCCACGCAGAGCAGCUACCCAUUCUUUUCGCCGAUUGCGAAGGAUUCGAAGGCGGAGAGCGAGUCCCUCUCGGUGCGCGAUCGCGUCGCCGUGCCGGUUCCGACCCAGAGAAGCGGGAUCCGGCAAAGGCCGGUUACGUGCACACUCGAACAAUCGAGUGGGCCAACACCGAAGAGUCCAAACAGCGCGAAUACGCAGUAACGGCAUUAUAUCCUCGCCUUCUCUACACAUUCUCCGACUGUGUCGUCUUUGUGCUACGAAAUCCCAAGACAUUCCAGUCUGCUGUCCUUACGAAGCUCCUCGAAUGGGGUGUCAGCGCACUGGAGAAAUCCAUCAACCAGCCGGCACUGCCGCACUGUGUCGUUGCACUCAACGGCACAGAUCCCGCUGUUGACGAACGAGAAUGGGACAUCAACUACGCCACGCAAAGCCUACUGUCCUCGGUCAAGGGCGCACUCGACUACGUCGAAGGUGUGCCGCGGUUCCGAGAAUUGGCCGACCACUGGCGAAAUCUUGGCAAACAUAUAUACUCCGUCGAGGACCUGAUAUUGCGAUACUACAGCUCGUUCAAAGUGAUUCGGAUUCCCAGCAAGCCACGCUACAUGAAAAUCAACGAGCAGGUGGGUAAACUGCAUGGAAUGAUCAAGUCUAAUUGCGAGGAGUCGUUCCGAGCUAAGCGAAGAGCACGCAUGUUGACAAAUGCGGACGAGCUCAACACAUACCUCCAGAGCGGGUUCGAUCAUUUCACUCAGCACCUCGACGUGCCUUUCAAUUUCAUGCAAAUCUCACUCCUCCGAAAUCCCAUCCCAAACGACUUUGGCGGGCACAUUCUCCAGCUCUGCGCUACAAUUUCUUCUCAACAGCCAAAUCACCAACCAGGACGCGUGGCAUGGAUGUUUGAGCAAUUGAGCGUGAUGCUCGCAUCUUGCGUUCUCCUGGACUGUGCCCGCUUCCGAAAGGGACGAGUCGAUGAGCUUUUCACCAACUACGAAAAGUUUUUCGAUUGGGCGAUGGGCGAAUAUCUGGAAAUGCACUACCCGUGUUCAUACGUCAGCUCCGACGGCACCCGCCAGUGUCAGGUGGUGAAGGCUCGUCAUCAAGCGAAAGGCCACCAGGACGAAAAGGGCAUCAUUGCCACCGGCGACUACCAGGCGGGCGUCGACAAGGACUUUCAUCAGCACUGGAAAGCCCAUCUCCGCUCGGCUAUUGGCAGCAUUCAGCGUGACUUCCAGUACGAACUUGAGCAGGCCUCACAGAAUGACGAAGUCCAAACGAUUCCCGAAGAACGCAUCGCCUUGGAUUUGCAUAUCGGUUACAUCAAUGACUUCUUCGAGGCCGUCGGUCCAGCGUCAUCGAUUUGCAGUCACGCGACAUGUUUCUGUUGCUUGAUGGAUGUCCCGGAGCAUGCAUUACCUUGCGGUCACGUCAUUUGCACAGCUUGCAUCAAAGCUUACGGAAAGCAGACCAAGUCUUCAGUCAGCGUUGCAUGCUGUCCUCUUCACCGCGUUUCCACUAAAUGGGCACACCCGACAGUUGUCAAAUUUAAGCCCAUUGGAGCCGGUGUCCGUGUUCUGGCUCUCGAUGGAGGCGGUAUUCGUGGUAUUGUGCAACUUGAAGUUCUUCGGGCCAUCGAGAAAGCCCUCGGAGGGUACCUGCCUAUACAGGCUUUCUUCGAUCUCAUUGUCGGCACAGGCACGGGUGGUGUCAUUGGUGUUGCACUGGCGAUGAAAGAUCGCACAGUUGACUCUUGCAUUGACAUGUUCUCCGUGCUGUGCGAUCAUGCAUAUACGCCUCGAUUUAGCGGAGCCCUGCCGAUUAUCAGCCAUCUCGCUCAAGUGCUAGGAUCAGGACCGAAGUACAAGACGAAGCCUCUACACGGAGCGCUCAAGACGGCAUUCACAGAAGACGAUGAUCUCUUCGGAACGACCGACAGGUUCAGAGGCGGCAUGCGAGUCGCCCUCACCUCGACGAGUGUCACUGGUAGGGAGACCAUGCUUCUUGCCAGCUACCGACGACCGGAAGACUUUCUCCCAGCUUACAAAUUCGAGCGGCCACACGAGCCAGAAAUGGAACUCAAGAUGUGGGAAAGUGCGGCUGCAUCGAUCUCUCACCCAGCUCUCUUCCGACCCUUCAUUCAUCACAACAAGACUUAUCUCGAUGGUGGAAUUCGUUGCCCUAACCCAGCUUUCAUUGCCGAUCGUGAGCGUCGCCUGAUCUGGCCAGACGUUGGAGAACCCGAUCUCUUCCUAUCACUCGGCACAGGACAGAACCGUAUCACAAUCUUGCAGAAAUUGUCUGAUAGGCCCAAAGACGGUGUGCCAGACACCAUCAUCCCACCGGCUGGUCAGACACCCAAGAAGACAUCGGGCAGAUGGCGCGCACGUAGGAUUGAUGAUGUGCUAGAUGCAGAGGUUCAGUGGGCAGACUUCCGGGCAUAUGCGGUCAAGGAAAGAUCGGAGGCCAAGGGUCGCCGCUUCAUUCGUUUCAACCCUGACCUGGACAAAGAACCCCCGAAUCAGGACAGCAAGCAUGACCUGGAGCACCUGCAGGCCAAUGUGCGCAAGCGCUUGCAGACCGCUCACAGAAUGGCGGCGCUUCGCAAUGUUGCUCACCGACUGGUCGCAUCUUCAUUCUACCUAGACUUGCAAUCAAAGGCAACGGCUGAGAAGAGCGAGCAAGUCUGCACUGGAAGCAUUUCUUGUCGAUUCGAAGACGGCAGCUCUGAAAUGGCUGCUUUGGGCAGAAUUCUCAAGGACCGACGUACGGAUGGCUUCGAGCCCUUUUUCUUGAUCAAACCUGACCAGGAAUCUGCUACAGCCUCAUUCCGCGUAGCGAUUGGCAUUGAGGUCGUGGCCACUAUGAUCGAAAGCAGAGUAUUUGGAUUGGCGAACAUUUUCAUUCCCCUGAAAGACGAAGGCAAAGCCUCUUCGAUCAAUUUGUUCCUGUCCUCCCAUGACGGCCUGGAGCCCGAUGGAUUUCCGAUCAGUGGCUUCCCACGAGUGUUGCUUGGUGAGCCGAACCCACAGCAGAAGAAUGCUCGAAGACCUGUACGCUCCAGCUCCGAGCAGACUCUACGAACAUCCAACCGCCACCUCCGGUCUCCAUCACUCGAUGGUGACAAUAUUUCUCUCAAUGGUCCCGCGCCAAGCAUCGCUAGCAGCAGUGAAGAUUCAUGGCAGGACACCCAGGCAAAGAUGGCGCAAUAUGUCAACAAGAAUGGCUCCCCGAAGAUGUCACUCGCUGACCUCAUUGCGGCGAACCAGUAUCAAGAAGGCGCUGGCCGUUCGCGCACCAACCGUUUCUGGACUUACAUCGGUAACAAUCAUAUGACGCAGCAUCCAGAGCUCUACAGCCCAGAGGAACUGUCUAAGUUUGCCUUGUCGGCCAGCAGCCCUCGUCCUUCAGAGCUACCCACACCCAUGGAUGACGGUCACUCUAUGUCAGGCUCUCUUUCCGCAGCAAUGGCCAAUGGUCAACCGCUGCCUACCAUUCCCCAGGAGCUCGAAGCGGAUGACAAAGCCACUCGAGAAAUGCACCAACAGCAAUAUUAUGCUGCGGCACGUGAUCAUGCAAGGUCAUCCCACAUCAGCGCCAUCUCUUCUUCGGGUAUCAGCAGCGCAAACCAUACCUACAACAGCAGCACCAGUACCGCUGGAGCCGUCAGUCCGCCAUCGCGCACCAGCUCCCUGUCUACAGGCUAUCAACUGUCCUCUAGCGUGUAUAACCCUCACAGCUCAAGCAGCACAAACGGGCACAACGGUCCUCCCGGCCCCGGCCAAUCACGCACGCUCCCCCAAGGUACUCCGCGUGAAGCCAUACCCAGCAUGUGCGAAACUGAAUUUGACGACGACGACGAAACCGAAGCCGCCGAUCGCGCAACUUACUCCACGCAAAACAGCUCUACAGCGUCUACCGCGCCCACAUCCAACCCAGGUGAUGAGCUUCCUCCUCCAUAUCUUUCACGCGAACAACAGCAGCAAUACCACCAUCAGCAGGCACUCCAACAACUCAAUCAACAACAACAGUACUACCAGCAGCAGCAUCAGCAGCAAGACCGCAACCCUGAACCUACUGGACUGGAAAGCGCGCUAGAGACGGCGCUGCCUGACAAGAAUACCGCCGCCCAACUGAAUUCCUGGCUCGCCUCCCAGCGUAGCAAUGGUAGCAUGGCUCGUUCUCGCACCGGAGGUCUGAAAUCCGUGCAGGAGGAAGCUGGCGAAUGAAACAGAUGAGAUUCGAUGACUGAGGCAGAACUUUGGACAAGAAUCAUUCUGGCACCCUCGGGAAAUUCAACCGGAAACAACGAAGACUAGAGAAGGCCCAUAGAGUGUAUGUGGAGGCGAAACAAUCUCAGCUCGGGAGACGAAUUGCGUUACCGAGAGAUUCCUUGGUUUGGGUAUGGUCCGGGAAGGAGGAUUGGGGUUGCAAUGUUCAUGAAAAUGAAGAUUUUACGAACGGGCGGCGGUGACUUUGGUUUUGGCCUUUCCUUUCGAUUGGGCGGGUCUG